AGUACUUGAUUUCAAGUAAAGUAAAUUACGUUGGAUAUUAAAGGACUGUAAUUCAGUAAUUUUAAAAUAAUUUUAUGCCAACUCUCGCUUUCGUUUACUAUGAUACCAAGGGCUUCAAUUCUCUGAAUCAUCUGCAUCACCACAUCUGAAUAUAAACAUUAAAACAAAAUUUCUUUUAAAUUUUCAAUUCUUUAUUUUAAGACAAUGACUGAUAUGUGCCAAGCAUGCAAGACCCUGGAUCAGCAUACCCAUGCCUACCUUCCGCAUACCACGCCUUUCUUCAGGUUGGUGAAAAAUGCCACAAAAAGCAUCAUUGAACGAUUUACAGUGGAAAGAGGUAACUCUUCCUGAUCGUCUAGAUGAUUAUGAAGGUAUUCUGGACUUGGAGGAAAUCGAAGGCGUCGACGUACAAUACAAUGACAAAGGAGGAAAUUUGAAGGAAGUUACUUACGAACUUGCUGAUCCGUCGAAGAAGCCUAAAAAGGAGAAACGUAAAAAUGCUGGUGACAAAGCUAGUAAGAAGAAUGCUAAAAAGCCAAAACUCGACUCCGAGAGGAAGGAAGCUCCUUCUUCCGACGAUCAAGUUAACGAGAAAAAUGAAUUUGCAGCCCUUGCUUCAAAUGAGGAAGAUUUAGAGAAAAAUGUUGAUGUCUCAGCUUGGUCAAAAUGGCAUUUGUCCCCUGAAAUGCUGGGAUCUUUAUCUCGCAUUGGAUUUUCUACUCCUACCCCCAUUCAAUCACUUGUUGUUCCGGAAGCGACCGCUGGAAAGGAUAUUGUUGGUAAAGCUGCAACUGGAUCUGGUAAGAGUUUGGCGUUUGCCAUUCCGAUUAUGGAACAUUGUUUGAACGUGUUAGACACCAAGCAAGUUCAAGCUCUCGUAAUAGCCCCCACAAGAGAAUUGGCCCAUCAAUUAUUGGAACACUUUGAAAAAGUCAAGCCAGAUUCAAGUUUACGAAUCAUGGCUAUCACUGGUGGCCUUGCCGUUCAAAAACAACAACGUUUACUCAGUAAACAUCCCCAUAUAGUGAUAGCCACACCAGGAAGAUUGUGGUCGGUAAUUAAUGACAAUAACUUAACCGAGAAUUUUAAAAAAAUCAAAAUUCUUGUUCUCGACGAAGCCGACCGUCUGUUACAGAAGAGCCAUUUUGAAGAUUUGCAGAAACUUAUGGACGUAUUGGGAAAUCCAAAACAUACAAACCGACAGACGCUAAUUUUCUCGGCUACGUUGGAUGAUCAUCUUCAACAGAGAUUGAGCAAGAAAGUUCAGGCCGACUCAUCUGAUGAAACAAGCCCUUUUGAAAACUUGUUAAAACAAGUUAAAUUUUUGGGAGAACCCGCGAUUCUGGAUGCUGAUCCAGAAACGACGGUAGCCACUCGCGUUCUUGAAGGAUUAUUAGAGUGUUCUCCGAAGGAAAAGGACCUGCAUUUAUACUAUUUGCUUUUACGAUAUCCUGGAAAAACUAUGGUUUUUGCUAACGGUAUUGAUGAUAUUAAGCGAAUUUCACCGUUCUUGAAUGAGUUGAGAGUGGAAGCUUAUCCUUUACACGCUCAGUUGGAUCAGAAGAAACGCUUACAGUCUUUGGAAAGGUUUAAAAAGAAUCCGAAAGGAGUGUUAAUUUGUACAGACGUUGCGGCCCGUGGUAUCGACGUACCAAGUGUUUCUCAUGUCAUCCACUACCACGUUCCUCAUACUGCUGAUAUGUAUAUUCAUCGUAGCGGUCGUACAGCUCGUGCAAAUGAGGACGGCGUUUCCAUAUUGAUGUGCGGUCCUAAAGAGUUGUCGCAAUUCAAACGUCUCCUUUUCAAGUUAAAACGUAAAUUAGAAGAGUUUCCAAGUUUUCCUAUCGACAUGAGUCUUCUUGGAGUAUUAAAGCCUCGAGUUGAGUUAUCACAUAAAAUCGCAGAUCUUACUCGAAAGGCUGGAAAGCUCGGACGAGAGGAAGCCUGGCUUAAAGCUGCAGCUGAGGAGUUGGGCGUUGAAAGCUCAGAAGAUGAAGAUCCUGAUAACCCAAAGGAAUCUUCGCAUAGUAAAAGAAACAAUCAAGUUGCUCAAUAUCGUUCGCAGCUUAAUUACUUAUUGAAUCAAAGGAUCCAAACCGGUUUUUCUGGGAAAUAUUUAACAAGCGGUCUCACAAAUAUGGCUGAAAAGUUACUAAACGGGCAGCACCAUCAGAACAUCCUUGGAACUGAUCCUGUUACCGCAUUGGAUGUUUUGCGGAAAAAGGGCAAAAAGCAAUCUUAAAACGGAAGUAUUUUUGGUUUAUGGUUUUUGGUAUGGUUGUAAUCUGGUUUGGUAAAAAAAAAAAAUAGAUAAAGUUACAUAACACUAAUAGACUUCGUGCAUGACUGGAAGUUUGUUGUAGAUACUUCUGCUAUACAACAUGUAAAUUUUCUUAUGAAUAUAUUGUACAUCAUUAAGCCUUAAAGCCAUC